AUGACCACCACCGCACCAUGCCGUGCAUCGCUGCACGACGCGGCCGUUGAACUGACGCGCCAGCUCGUACGCAUCGAUUCCACCAGCCCCUCGCUAUCCCGCACGGGUGAGGCGGCCGGCGAGUCGGGGAUCGCCGCCUUCCUCGUCGAGUGGCUCACGACGAGGGGGUUCGAGAUCAUCCCCCUCGAGCCCUCUGACCCGCGUCGCCCGAGCGUCCUGGCCGUCCACCGCGGUCGCACCCAUCCUCCCGCCACCGCCACCACCACUGCCGACGCACAGGCCAAAGAGCUGGGGCUAGGUCGACCACGUUCCAUUCUGUUCAACGGCCACAUCGAUACCGUCUCGGUGUCCAACUACGCCACCGAUCCCUUCAGCGGCGAGCUGAGGGACGGCAGGGUCUACGGACGCGGCGCGGCGGACAUGAAGGCCGGCCUGGCAUGUGCGCUCGUCGCUGCCGCCUCGUUUGUCUCCCACUCUACAUCCUGCCCCCUGCGCGGCGACGUGUGGAUAGCCGCCGUCGCAGACGAAGAGGACGCAUCGCGCGGAUCCUACGACAUCCUGCGUUACUUUGAGCAGCAGCACGACGAAGACCAAGCGCCGCCGCUGCGGCGACUGCCCAUCGACGGAGCCGUGUUCCCAGAGCCGACCGACGAGCAGGUCAUCACGAUGCACCGCGGCUUCGUAUGGGCCACGGUGUGCGUCCACGGCCGAGCGGCGCACGGGUCGCUGUGGGAGCAGGGCCGCGACGCCGUUGCCGAGAUGGGCGCCUUCCUCUGCGCCUUCCGCGCCUACGCCGCCGCGCUCCUCGACGAUCCGGAGCGACGCCAUCCGAUCCUGGGCCGCCCGAGCGCACACGCCGGCACGAUCCGGGGCGGCGACGAGGUGUCGACCUACCCGUCCGAGUGCACCGUCGUCCUCGAGCGCCGCACCCUCCCCGGCGAGGACGACACCACGUUCCGCACCGAGCUGCUCGGCUUGCUCGAUUCCCUGCCGCCGCACCGAGAGGGAUUCAGCUGGUCGCUCGACAUGGGCACGGUCCGACCCCCGCUGGUCGAACACGCCCAGCGCGAUUUCCAAGACGCCGUCAUGGAAGCCUCGUCCAAGGCCACGGGACGGCCGGCGGCCAAGACUGGCGGCCAGUUCUGGACCGAUGCCGCCCUCUUCUCGCAAGCCGGCGUGCCCAGCGUCGUCGUCGGCCCGCACGGCCAAGGGAUCCACGCGCACGACGAGUGGGUCGAGGUCGAAUCCAUCAAGACAAUGGUCGACGUGUACUCUGAGCUGAUCCAGUCGUUCUGCGCCUAG